AUGGCGGCGCCUGUUGAAGACGCCGAUCAGAACGCAAAGCCCGUGCCUGUCGAUACCGCCGAGAAGGUGCAUGAUUCGGAAACUUCUUCCAGCACCCAGGCUGAGCUGGCUUCCCCUCCUGAGCCCGAGAAGCCCGUCCGUCACACUCACUGGACUUCGGAAAAUCAAACUGUGCAGCUCGAGCCGGCAGUGACCCAGGACAAACAGGAGCUCACUGAAGAAGAGUGCUACGAGCAACUGGGAUACGGCUUCCCAACAUGGAAAAAAUGGACCAUCCUUUCCGUCAUCUUCAUCGUGCAAGUUUCGAUGAAUUUCAACACCAGUCUGUACUCCAACGCGCUAGGCGGCAUUUCUGAAGAAUUUCACGUCUCUGAGCAGGCUGCUCGCUGUGGUGCCAUGAUUUUCUUGGUUCUUUAUGCAUUCGGUUGUGAGCUAUGGGCUCCCUGGAGCGAGGAGCUCGGACGUAAACCAGUUCUUCAAGCCAGUUUGUUCCUGGUCAACAUUUGGCAACUCCCUGUUGCUUUGGCUCAAAACUUUGCAACCGUUAUGGUCGGUCGUGCCCUGGGUGGUCUCUCGUCCGCCGGUGGCUCUGUCACCCUAGGUAUGAUUGCCGAUAUGUGGGAGGCAGACAAUCAGCAAUAUGCCGUGGCAUUCGUUGUUUUUUCCUCAGUCGGUGGCUCUGUCUUAGGGCCUGUCGUUGGUGGCUUUUGCCAGCAGUAUCUCCACUGGCGCUGGUGCAUCUGGAUUCAGCUCAUUUUCGGUGGCUUCGUUCAAUUGCUUCAUCUAUUCCUGGUCCCCGAAACUCGCUCGACUGUCAUGAUCGACAACAUUGCCAAGAAAAUGCGCAAGAGUGGCCAAAACCCUAACAUCUAUGGUCCAAAUGAACUGACACCUUUCCGCGAGCGUUUCUCUGCCAAGGAGAUUGGCAUCACCUUGUUCCGUCCAUUCCGCAUGUUCGUGACCGAGCCCAUUGUCUUGACUCUCUCCCUGCUCAGUGGUUUCAGUGACGCCCUGAUCUUCAUGUUCAUCCAAUCCUUCUCUCCCAUUUACGAGCAGUGGGGAUUUGAUGCCGUUACCCAGGGCCUUUCGUUCAUUCCUAUCUUGGUAGGAUAUUUCAUCGCUUGGUUCUCUUUCUUCCCUGCCAUCAAACGCAAUAUGCGCGAGCGCGAGGCAAAGCCUGACGAUGAAGUCGCCCAAUACGAGUCACGUCUCUGGUGGUUACUCUAUACUGCUCCUUGUUUGCCAAUCGGCCUUAUUGGUUUCGCUUGGACCACCCAGGGUCCUCCGCUUCCCUGGAUUGCCAGUAUGAUUUUCGCAGCCAUUGUCGGUAUUGCAAACUACUCUAUCUAUAUGGCUACCAUCGACUAUAUGAUUUGCGCUUACGGCCCAUAUUCUGCCUCCGCUACCGGAGGAAACGGUUGGUCUCGUGAUUUCCUCGCUGGUGUUCUUACUAUCCCCGCCACCCCUUUCUUUGAGAACAUUGGUGGACGGUACCACAUUCAGUAUGCAUCUACAAUCCUAUUCUGCAUCUCCUUCCUUCUCGUGCUUGCAGUUUAUGUUAUCUACUGGAAAGGCCCCACCCUUCGCAAGAGAUCACCUUUCGCCCAGCAGCUAUCUGACGCUCGUGCCACAAUUGAUGUACAGGGUCGUCGUCUCUCACACCUGCCCACUGGGUCUCGUGCCAACUCCUUUGCUCGAUCUCAGCAGGAAUUGCGCCUUCGCCAGACCCUGGGUAGCCGUCAGAACAGCAACUUUGGUUCACGUGCCAACUCACGUGCUAACUCUCGUGUCAACUCUCGUGUCAACUCUCGCGCCAACUCACGCCGCAACUCACUGGCUGAGGAGGUCUAA